CAACGACGACGAUGGCAUUCAUUUUUGUCGAUGGCGUCAUUAGCGCCUUGUUGUUGUUGUUGUUAUUAUUGCCUAAAAACAAGUGGGUUCAAGAUCACGACAACAGUAACAGCAAUAACAACAACAUUCGAUUUGAAUCGACCAAGAAAAAAAAAUGUAAAACUCGAUUCCCUUGAAUCCUAACGCCUACACAACCAGAAAAAAAAUAUUAAACAUUUGUGUGUGUGUGUGUAUGUAAGUGUGAUUUCAACAAAUUUAUGGAGAAAAAAAAUUUGGCAUUAAAAUCACUAAACAUUUAUCGUUACCAGAACCGGAAACAUUCGGAAAAAAAGAAUAAAAACAGGCUGUAAAAAAAAUACCAUCAUAAUCAUCAGCGAUCUAGUUUUUCUUUCUGGACAAGCAGUUAAGAUCAAUGAUCUUUGACCUUUAUGGUUAACAAAAAAAAAAAACUAUCAGGUUUGACAAGAAUGAAAAAAAAACAAACAACAACCAAUGAUGAUCAUCAAAUCAACUUUUAGCAAUGUGGCACAGGUAUAUAAAAAUCCAAAGUUUCCGUUUAAUGAUCAUUUUUCUGGGAAUGAAAAAAAUGUUUCGAACAACUUUAAUCAUUUUGGUAACAACAACGUUGUGGUUUAAUUUAAUUGAAACAAAAUGUUUGCAAAAAAAUACCAAACGAGAAGCAAAUCGUGAUCAAUACAUAUGUCGUAAUCAAUUAUUUGAACCAGGCCGUAAAGUGGCUGAUCCAGAAAAUUGUGAUUGUUAUUAUGAUUGUAAUUAUCGUCAACAACCAUGUUAUAUGUGUUGUCCAAAUGGCCAGAUAUUCAAUCCGAAACAAGGUGAUUGUGUACUACGUUCAUCGUUUGAUUGUAAAAAUCAACCACAUAGAUAUCGUUGUGAAGGACGUGGAUUAUUUGCUAUGCAUGAAAAUUGUCGAAAAUAUUGGGACUGUCGUAGCAAUGACAAUGAUGGUGAACCAAUAGAAGAAUCGUGUCCAGAUAAUUAUCAUUGGAAUGAUUUUCAAAAAAUUUGCCGAAAAGAUUCGGAAAUUCCAUUAAGUAGUCGUACUUGUUCUGAUGUUUAAUUUAUUUACCGACAAAUGCGUUGAAAUACCGCCCACGCACAUCUAUAUUACAGCAAAAUAAAAUUCUUAUGAUU